AUGGCUUGCGAUACAAGGGGGAUAGGGCUUGCAGUGCAAAGUAAUCGAGUCCUCUGGUCGUUUGGUGAACAAACGAUGACUGGGGUCAAAGUGGGAGAGCCCCAAGGCGGCCAUGUCUUUGUGACAGUGGGGACGACACUCUUUGAUGCCCUCAUCCAGGCUGUGGACACCCCUGCUUUCAAACGGAUUCUGCUGGACAAAGGCUACAGCAAUUUGGUGAUCCAAUAUGGGAAGGGAAGGAUACAUCCAAAGGAGGGCGUUUUUGAGGACGGGGGCCGAGCUCUGCGUGUUGAGGCAUUCACAUUCAAACCGUCUCUAGCAGACUACGUCAAAAACGCGGGCCUCGUCAUCAGCCACGCAGGUUCUGGGAGCAUCUUUGAGACCUUGCGAGCGAAAAGGCCCCUCGUGGUGGUAGUCAACGAGCUUUUGAUGGACAAUCACCAACAAGAAUUGGCUGACGCUUUGGCGGACAACAGGUUUCUUGUCGUAGCAAAGCCGAGCAACCUGCCAGAACGCGUUGGUCAGUUCGAUCAAAGCUCUCUUGUAGAGUAUCCAAAAGCGGAUGCAGGUAACUUUGCAGUCGAACUGGACCGACUAGUUGGGUUCGCUCCUUAAAGAGUGGCUGAUUAAGGUCUCUCCUUCCAAAUGUUUGAAGCAUGAAUUUAGAAUCUGCAUCAGAUUGAUGUUCAGGUUUACAAGAUCGGUUUUGGAACACAAGAGAUGAUGGGAAAAUCAUAUUAAAGGAGAUUGGACUUGUCUUGACGCAAUUGAAGUGGAGGAGCGACCAGACAUCACUGGGCUAGGCUAGGCUCCGUCCAACAAUACUUUUCAAUUCAAAACACAGGCGUGCUUGCCCUAGCAAUGAUGCUUACAAGCCGUUGAUCGCUGGAGUCAGUUCCUUGCACCGGUUCUUUACAUGAG